AUUGGAUCUGUGCGCAGGUUUCAAAUGUUGCGUUGAAAUCUGAAUUUUAUACUUUUGUUUCUGUAGUUUUUUAAAUUAUGAGUAAUUUCGCUUCCUCUGCAUUUUCUUGUGCUUUUAAAAGGUGGAAGACACAUGGAAGUGCAUUUUUAAUUGUUGCCCGCUAUGGAAAUAACUCGUGGAAUACGUGUGAAAAUCUAACACACUCACAGGUUUCGAAAGAUGAUGUUCACGAAGAUUGCAACAUUUCGGGGCUUUGCAAAAUGAUCGAAUGUCGCAAAUCUAAUAAAAGUCAAAAUCCAGGGGGACCUUUAGAAGGCGGUGGUUCCCUCAACUCCGCCAAUGUGAGCCAUCAUAUUAUCGGUUCUAAGGAACGUUCUGGUGGUGCUGGAGGAGGAGGCUCUGGAAAUGGCACCGGCUCUUUCAUCAGGUGUAACAAAUGUGGUGGUCCUUUGAAGUCUCUUGAUCCAACAACAUCAUAUAUAUCACGUUUUAUGGAGUGUGAAGCAUGUGAACAACUCUACGAAUUAACAGAUAAGAAUGAUCUCCCAUCAUUUAGCAAUGUGGAUGAAAGUCGGCCUCUUUCACUCCUUAGUCCUAAGGAGAUACAUCAAUACUUAGAUCGCUAUGUAGUAGGUCAAGAUAAAGCCAAAAAAAUUCUUGCCGUUCAAGUAUAUGCUCAUUACAACCGUAUACAGUAUAAUCGGUCACUGGCUACUUCGGAAGAUAAUGGAUUUAAUUCAAAUAGUUUAAACUCAGGAACAAAUGAAACCAAACAUACUGUAAAUAAUCAUUAUUCCCCAAAUGAAUUUUCGGGUACACGUUCUUAUACAUCUGUAAAUUAUCAGGGUAGUUUAAGUCAACCCCCUGUAUCAGAAUUAAUUAAUUUGUCACGCAAUGGUUUACUAAGUUCAUUAAAAAAUGGGAACAGUUCAACAAGUUCAUUUUCAUUCUCAAUGACUUCAGAAAAUUUAUCUGAUAUAAAGGAUGAUCGAGAAAAACGUUGUCGUGUUUCACAGAUUCUUAAAGAUGAUUUUGAUCGUCCAUUAAAAUUGGAAAAAAGCAACAUUAUAUUGUUAGGCUCAACAGGUUCAGGCAAAACAUUGUUGGCUCAAACUUUGGCUCAUUAUUUAAAUGUACCUUUUGCUCUUUAUGAUUGUACAAGUAUAACCCAAGCUGGUUAUGUUGGUGAAGAUGUUGAAUCAACCAUUGGUAGAUUAUUACAAAAUGCGAAUUUCAAUGUGGAACUUGCUCAACAAGGUAUAGUGGUUCUAGAUGAAAUAGACAAAAUAAGCUCUAAAACUGGGCAUCAUCUUUCUACACGAGAUGUUAGUGGCGAAGGUGUUCAACAGGCUAUGUUAAAACUUUUAGAAGGUUCAGUUGUUAACGUACCUGAUGUCAAAAGUCCGCGUAAAUUACGUGGCGAAACUUUUGUCGUGGAUACAACCAACAUACUUUUUAUAGCCUGUGGUGCAUUCAAUGGACUUGACAAGAUAAUUAGUCGACGAAAACAUAAAAAGACUAUUGGAUUUGAUAUGUUGACAUCUAUGAGUGAAUCGACUGCACAAGAUAAAUGCAUUUCACCAGUAAAUCCAAGUGCGACAGAUUCUCUAAAUUUAUUUCAAAGUUUUGAAAGUUCAGCUCAUGAAGAAAAUGAUGAACGUGAUAAAUUAUUACAAGAAGUUGAAGCUAAUGACCUUAUUACUUAUGGAAUGAUACCGGAAUUUGUUGGUCGUUUCCCUAUAAUUACUGCUCUACAUUCAUUGAAUGAAGAAAUGCUUGUUCGUGUUCUUACAGAACCACGUAAUGCAUUGAUAAAACAAUAUCAAUUACUUUUUAAUAUUGAUGGUUGUGAACUGAGAGUCACUCCUGAUGCUUUAAAAGCUAUUGCUCGACUAGCAUUAAGUCAACAUACAGGAGCUCGAGGUCUUCGUUCAGUCUUGGUAACUAUAUGUUUCUUAUGUUUUUUUAGUUAUUUUUAUUCUUUGUUUGGUGGUUGUCUACUUACACUUAGUUUUUGUAUAGCAUUCGUAUUCUUCGUGUUUUAUGCUUUUUUCCACGAUUUUCGAUUAUGAUAACUGUUGAAGGAUUGGUUUCAUAAAUGGGAGAUGUUAUGUCCUGUGGCUCAUCAAAUAUUAUGUGACAAGGUAGCCAAUCAGAACAACGACUUAUAUGACCUUACCCUCCUGCUCCAUGAUGGCACCGCGGUGCAUGGUAUUACGUUCGAAGGCGUCCUUAUAAACAACAUCGGUGCAGGAAGUGUAUAGCUGUGGGCAAUAAAGAGGGAUUUUGUCAAAAAAAGAAGCCCAAUAGCUUCAGAAGUACCAGAAAGCCUGACCCAACAUUAUUUCAUGGGGAGUAGAAAGCCAGAAAAUUUAAAGUCAGGGUCUAAACUUCAAGUCUUCAAAAAAGGGAGGUAUUAUGGCAGGAUGAAAGGUCAAAAUUAGAUUGAUUUUGCUCAUUAUGAUUUUUAUUCAACAUCAAUUUCGUUUAAUUCAGUUUGAUGAUCACUCAGUAUAGUAUUUAUUUCGUUUCCUCGUAUGACCUUUAAUUCUGUAUAACAUACGACAUUCUUGUAUGCAUUAUUUUCAUAUAUAUGACUUAUUCUGAUUGUUUAAGCAAAAAUAGAUGUACCAACCAAUGUAUAAAUGAGUGUAUUUCAGACUAGACGGAUCGCGAUUGCUUGUGCUUCUGGCUGCUUGCGGAAUAUAUUUCCCCACUUCGAACUUGGACUUCUCACUCUAGUAUACGGGGCUGGGACGCGUCAGAAUAGCUAACUUAUUGUUCUUUGGUCAUAGAGUCUUUAUUCGUUUUCAGAUUAGGGAACUCAUAAUCGCUUCAAAUAUAACAGUUACACUACGUAAAAUAAAAUAAUAGCAAUAUAAUCACUCAGAUAAAAUAAUAGUAGUAUCUAUUAGUUUGAAUACUUCUGAGCUUCUGAACAAAACAUAAUUAUACGAAGAAUUACUUUAUAUCAUACAAUUGAUGUCGAUGGCUCUAAUUUCUAACCAGUUUAUUUCAUGAUAGUGUUGGCUGUAUUUAUUAGACGUUUGUACUUACAGUAGCGUUAUCAUGACAACGUUUCUUCCUUGACAUAGAAAAUAAUUAAUAAUAAUAUAAUCGGACCGAAUGCUUAUUUCAGUAGCUCUUUUUUUUUCUAAAGGCUUUUUCGUUAUAUGCACUAUAUCUCUGACUAAAAAUUCAUUUUCCUUAGGAUAAAACAAACAUCACAAACCCUUUUGAUGUUUAAUUAUCAGACUAAGUAAUUAUAUUGUACAACUUAUGUUCAAAAAACCGAUAUUUCUUGUUAGUUAUAGUCCACAUUGACAGAAUGACCAAAGCGAGAAAAAUCACCCUUUCUUAAGAAUACAUAACAAGCCAGAAGUAUGUAUAGUUGAGCCAUCAUAAAUAAGUAAAUUACUCAUCUAACCUAGUUCACUAUACAUAUAUCCAUGCUUGGGUUAGUCUGUCUAUUUACAAAUACUUGUGAGAUCUGAGUACUUUCAUCCGACCUGUUGCAACACAAUUCCUUCACACUCUUUCUUUGUCUUCAGUCGAUUAAGCGUUAGGAGCAUGGAUAAUGGUUGGUGUAGGCUGUGUGUCGAAGCAAACGCUUUGUUGGACUUGCCAUUCGAUUUCAGAAAGAAAAACGUUUCAACAAAGAAUGUUGAAAAGAGUGAUACCAUUCCUUUGUCUUAUGUAUUGAUUGAUUGAAAUCUAACUAAAUGACACAAAGUUCUUCCAUUAUUUAUUCUACCUUUUUAAUGAAAUAAAAGGCAUCGACUUUACAAUGAGUUUCACCAACAAUGUUUAGCAUUCCCCUGGAUGCACUGUGUGCUGAUUGAUAGGUUGAAUAUAUUAUCGGUCUCCCAAUUUUCUCCCACGUUCCUCUGCUUAUAAGUGUUAUAUUGGAAGCUGUGUCUAACUGUAAGCGGGCAUCAUGCCGAUUAAUCUUGAGAGAAACAUACUUUCUACGGUUAUGCUAGCUGGUUCUGUUAAGAGCUACCGUUACAUUGGCUGUUCGUGGCUUGGAUCUUUUAGAAUACACUUUCAGUUGAUGGCGUUUCCCGGUUUUGCAAUGACUUUCUUUGUGCCCUUUUCUGGAACACGUAGUACAACUAUGGUUUUUAAUUGGACAAAACCUUUUGUAAUGCCAACCGCCACAUAACCAGCAAGGGGAUGAUGGGUUUGCCGCCGUCAUUACGAUAAUUCUGCGUGCUCGAAUCUCAUAAGACUUUUCUCCCGAGUGCAUUAACGUAAAGGAACCGGUUACCGUUCUCUGCCAUCGAGGCAUCGUGCUUCAAAUUCACUAGCUUUUGGCAUUCGGUAGUUACUUCCUGUAGGGUCAUGCUAGGAGAAUGUUCGAGCUUGCUAAGAAUCCUAGUUUGGUUGUCAGCAUCCUCGGGUGAAUUCAGGCUACAGACAAAUACUAGGCAUUUGAACUGGUCUUCUGUCAUGGCAGACAACUUGAACCUCUCAAAUUCUUGGUUCAUGAUUCCUGCAUGUUUCACCCCGUCAUCUCCUAGUUCUUUCAUUAUCUUUAAGCAUUGUUAACGAAUAAUAAAUAGAGAUGACAGGGUUUCAAUUGUUUCAUCAAGACUGAAGUCUCGUAGGUCCUUUGGAAGAGUUACUGUAGCGUUCAUUUUCCGUCAUCCCAAGUUUUCUGACUUUUAAGGCAUCAUCCAGUCUUCAGAGAUCAAUAUGAAAAAGACCUUCAUAUUUCUUAAACCAAGAGUCAAAAGUAACACAUGCUACACCAUCAAAAUUAAAUUCAUGUAUUGCAUUAAUGACUGAAUCAGUAUGGGGUACUUGUAAUUCACCAUAAGCAAGGUUUUGCUAGGACAGGCACAUUUUCUGCGUAAGGACUUCCAUAAUUCCGAUUUGAGACUGUUCAGACCGCUUCUCUUGACGCUCUAUACUAGCUUUUAGUUGCUCCAAAGAAAUAUUCAUUGUUUUCCCUAUCUCCACUAAUAAGUCUUCUAAUUGAACGCUAGAUUCGGUUCCUAAACACUUCUAUUAACCCCCGGACUGUAUCUACACAGCAACUUAAACACGAGAGAAAAGGCGCAAGAUAUUCGAGAAGCGCUAUACUCCAAAGGUUCGUUUAUCUACAGAAAAUCUAGGGUUUUAUAGUAUUUUAGAUGGCCUUGGGUUUCCGGAAAAUUCUGGAACGCUACUAAACAUAGUAGCAGUAUAGUUAAUUAUCCAAUCAGAAACUCAACAUGUAACUUUUCACUUUCUCGAUGUUUCUGGUAAACCUUCUAGUGAAUGCUGAUUGGAUAAGAUGGUUCUCAGCAUUUUCAGAGCCUUUCUUGGCUUUUUUUCGAGGAGUUUUUGGGGUCUCCCCAACACUAAUUGACAUCCAUAGUAGUGAGACUAGUAUUAUGUAUUUGUAACCAAAUCACUCUAUAAGCCAGUUCAUGAAACAUGACAUUUUACAACUGAUGUUUGCUGUUAGUCAUCUAACUUAUUUAAACAAUGAAUUAUCCACUAUAUUAUGGCUCAACUAACAUGACAAUAUCUCAGAUGCGUUUGUUUUUUUAUCGAUAUUUCAACCUUAAGCUUCCCAUCUAUUUCUUUUAGCAAGUGUAUUUUCUGUUUCCAUCAUUAGUACUAUUGGUAGUAUUUUCCUUUCAACUUCUGAUGUUCUGUUGAUAUACUAAAUAGGUAGUGGAGCCCAUGUUUUCUUUAAGACUGUCCGACUUCAUACCAUAAGUCGGGAUUUCAAACCUUGCUUCAUAUACUUCGGUUUAGACAACUGGAAUUUAUCAUUACUACUCAUACAUUUAGACUAUGGCUCAAAGUCAAGUACAUAAACUUAUAGUUGUACGAAAUUCUGACAACUGCUACUUGAUUUUUAUGAACUAACUUACUAACUGAGUAUCAGCUGCAAAUGUAGUUGAAUCAAAUUUAAAUUUGUAAAUUAAUAGAUUUAAUUUCAUCAUAUGAGUCUGUCGGUCAUCUACAACGUAGGACCAGGCACAUGUAUGCAUCGGUCCAAGUUGCCAUACCUAAUUAGCACGACAAGAUGAACAUCGAAUUCAUAGAAGUAGUUACUUC